CACAAAUGACAACCCUGUACUACCUAUAAAUACGUUUGUCACUUUAAAACGAAGUUAGUUUCCUUCUUGACUUGCAUUCACUCAUAGGAUAUACAAAAUAUAAAACAUGACUAUUAAGCAAAUAAGUAUUGUAUUGGCGAUUGGUAUGAUUGUAACAUGCAAAGGAUCUGCAAUUUCUCUAGCAGCAGUGGCCAAACUCGCAUCCGUGAAUCCAGAAUUUAAUUAUGAUCCUCAUCCACAAUACACUUAUGCUUACAAUGUUCAAGAUAGUUUAACAGGCGACUCGAAAUCCCAGCAAGAAACCAGAAAUGGCGAUAUAGUGAGCGGUAGUUAUAGUUUCAUUGAAGCUGAUGGCACUAGAAGGAUUGUCGAAUAUACGGCGGAUCCUGUGAAUGGAUUCAAUGCGGUUGUCCAUAAAAAACCUUUGGCUAUUGUUAAACCUGCCGUAAAAGUUGCUCCAGUGGCUUUUCAUCCUUAGAGAUUUUUAGUAAUUGUUAUUGAUUGUUUAUUGCUUUACAAUUUAUAAUUUUUGGCUAUUUCAAACAAAAAAAGAAUUAUUUUAACAAUAUAAGGAAUGUGUUAAUUUCAUAAAAGAGUUUUAGCUUUCAUUGAUUUUUGCAUUUUAUUUGGAUUUUAUAUUGUGCGGCAUAAAAUAUUUGAUUGUAUUUAUAAUAAUGUUCUAUAACAAAAAAAUUUUUUAAUUAUUUUUAAAGUCAUUUAAGUUAUGCAUUGCUCAAUGUUUAAUAGAAUUAUAUUGAUAUCAUUUGCUUAUAAAAAAGAAAUUUAUCUUUUUAUACUAUUUGUUAUAUAACUAGUCAUAUCACACUGUAUAUACUGCAAUUAUUUUGUAACGGUGCGUUUAUAGUAAAAUCUUUUAUAAGAUAU